GAAAAGGAAAGAGGAAGAGAAAAAAGAGCAAGAUAAAGGAACACUAUUGAAGUACUUUGGAGAACAACCAACUUUACCUGCCCCUACUGUUUCGAGUGUCAGUGCCUCCACAGCUGAUGAUGCAGCAGGUGAGGGUUUUCUUGAUGGCAAAUGGUUACAUAGCCUGUUAAUAUGACAUGAAACAUUUAGCUUUUUAUUUAUUUCUUUAUUUUUUCUUUGUUUGUUUUAUCAUUGCAGGUUCAUCCACUGCACAAGCGACAUCAAGGGAGGAGCACUUACAUGUGACUGAAAGCGAGGAGCAGUUACAAGCACCUACAUUUACUGAUCCACUGGUUUCAAACUCAGCCGGCAUGACAGGUCCUUCUACAUCUGCACCCACUGCUAUAGAUUUCCCAUCUACUGCCUCAACAAGCUCCAGCUAUCAAGAUGGAUCAACAGCUCCUCCAAUAGACCCAGCUGAAUGGUCAGCAUUCCUCUCAGAUUCAGAAAGGACUGAUCUGGUAAGAAGAGGGCCAGCGCCAAUCAGUGACACCUCUACAUUCCCCAAGAGAUCAGAUGGACGAAGCUUUCACUACCACUAUACAUACAGACAAUUAGUUAAUGGGGAAAAAAUCAAGCGAAGCUGGCUAAUUUAUUCAAAGAAAAGUGAUGCAGUUUACUGCUUCUGUUGCAAAUUAUUUUCAAGAAAGUCCACAAAGCUGUCAUCAGAGGGACUGUGUGAUUGGGUAAAUGUAGGUGCUUUGCUGAAACAGCAUGAAAAUAGUCAAGAUCAUUGCAAUAAUAUGGUAAAGUGGAAAGAUUUUGCCCUCCGUCUUUCUAAGCAGAAGACUAUUGAUGCAACAGAAAUGGCCCUUUUGGAUGCAGAAAGAAAUCGUUGGAGAGAUGUUCUUAUCCGUUUGAUUAGUAUCAUUCAGUCUUUGGCAGAGAGAAAUCUUGCACUCAGGGGGUCUGUUGAUACUUUGCAUCAGGCCAACAAUGGGAACUUCCUUAAAGAGGUGGAACUGAUGGCAAAAUUUGACCCUGUGUUAAAAGAUCACAUCAGACGAAUUGAUAGUGGAAUGCAGCACAACACGUACCUGGGUAAGACUAUCCAGAAUGAGCUGAUAGUGUGUCAGUGA